UAAAUUUUAUUUUUUGUUGGUGUAUGAGAAAAAUAUGUUUAGUAAGUGAUGGUCAUAAAUUGGUCAAAUUUAUAUGGGAAAAACAACUGCCUGUAGACAGAUGAGUGUCACUACAACUUUUCAUUUCUCACAACAGAACUUAGUUGAUUGGGAUUUUGUUUGUGACAAUAGAGUAAUGUGUCUUGUUAGAAUGCUUGGGUGACCUUAAAUUAUAGAGUCGGUCGCGCUGAAUUGGUACACAUCAUUUCUGUCGGAGAGAUGGUCGUUUUAAUUGGAUCUAAUCUGAGUCGACUGUUAAAAUAAGAACAAUGCAAGAGAUAACCUACAUCCUUUCGGGCCGGGUCAGAUACGACUUGUAACAUUCGGUUAUGCUAAUCAGGCCCGCGAAGCUGAGACGUUGUCUGUAGGCAUGCAGUGGUUGGCGGACUUCUGAGGGUGUUACGCGGAGAAAGUGGUGGCUUUCGCCUUUGAAUGGCUGAUCUAGUGCACUAUGAUUCAAACUUGUAGUACAGUUUGUGUACUCGACGUAUCGUACAACAAUUAGAACUUGCCAUACCAAUAUAAUUAACAGGAUUCACCAGGAGUUCGAGUGACCCAGCAUUAUGAGGACUAGAAUUUGAUGUUACAUGUGUGAACAACAAAAUGUGGAAUUCUUCGACGAAAUCCAGCAACAAUAACGGCCCUACAAAUGGCGACACACGUAUGGGAGCUGACAAUGUCCCCGAAGAGCAAACGGCACUUACAGAACACGAAGUUUUCAGAACUCAGUGUUUUCCCGCAUCCACCGACGAUAUUUGCAAAGAGACUGAUACUGUGUGUGGUUUAGGCCCUUGCGCGCCCCAGUGGUUACAGCUUUUCGCAUCGAAACAAACAUUUUUGAUUGUAUUUUGCAUAACAUGGGUCUUUCAAGGGAUGUACCAUACUUACUUUGUAAGCGUCAUAACCACAAUAGAAAAAUUGUUUCAAAUUCAAUCGAAGAUAACCGGAAUUAUCAUGAGCGCUACAGAAAUUGGACAAAUUGGCUCUUCUUUACUUCUGACAUACUACGGCGGCCAAGGACAUCGACCCAAAUGGAUAGCGUGGGGGAUGGUUUUGUUCGCAGUUUCCUCAUUCACAUGCUCUUUACCGCAUUUUAUUUACGGGCAAUCUCUUAUAAAAGACAAUUUCUUUAACACGAAACAGCACAAUAUCUGCAAAUUACCAACCAACGAAACUACUACAACGCAUUGGAGGAACAUCACCUUAGAAACGACGACUCUACAUGAAAUACAUCCCGAAAUGUCACAUAUUUUUCAAACCUGUGAAGAUGAAGUCAUUUCGGCUCAUAGGAUUAAUCCUGCGGUUACCAAAAUUGUGCUGACUAUAUUUUUUAUCAGUCUUUUAGGGGUUGGUAUGGGACAAACUGCCGUUUAUACAUUGGGUAUUCCAUAUAUAGACGAUAAUGUGGCCAGCAAAGAAUCCCCUUUGUAUUUUGCAAUCACAAUCGGCGUACGUAUUUUGGGGCCGGCCCUCGGUUUUAUGGUAGGAUCUUUGUGUACCAGGUUUUAUGCGGAUCUCUCCAUGAAUCCUCAAAUAUCUACAACUGAUCCACGGUGGAUCGGAGCUUGGUGGCUGGGGCUUGUGAUGAUUUCCGGAUGUUUAAUGCUGGCCGCAUUAGCUAUGUUCGCAUUCCCUAAACGAUUACCCACAGCGAGACCCACACCCCGCAUUCAUAAAGUAGACGCUAAAAAUCCCAGUAUACGAGAUUUUCCUAAAACUGUGAAGAGAUUGCUUAAGAAUGAUAUUUUAAUGUUUCGAACUGCCAGCAGCGUUCUGCACAUACUACCAAUAGCUGGUUUAUAUACUUUCUUGCCAAAGUAUUUAGAAUCCCAGUUUAGAUUACCAACGCCUUCAGCAAAUAUGAUAUCAGGAGUCGGCGGAAUUCUGGUAAUGGGAGUGGGUAUUAUUAUUAGUGGAGUAUUUAUAUUACGAGUGAAACCAAACGCCAAAUUCGUAGCAGCUUGGAUCGCCUUCACUGCCGUUUUAUAUGCUCUAGGUAUGGGAAUAUUAAUGUUUAUCGGAUGUCCCAUGAGCGACUUUGUAGGAUUAAAAAGACAGGAUGAUGGGCUCGCAGUGAUAGAACCUGUGUGCAAUUCAACUCAGUGCAAUUGCAAGAUUGAUAAAUUUGAACCGGUGUGCAAUAAUGGUAUAACAUACACGUCUGCCUGUCAGGUGGGAUGUAGUAAUUUUACCGAAACAGAUGGAAAAAUAGUGAAUUAUUCUAAUUGUGUGUGUUUAGAUAAUCGUUUUAAUAAUAUGACAUAUAAAAAUAAUCAUACCUUUAGUAAUUAUACUUUUAACGACACCGUAACAAUUGGUUACUGUGAUAGCGAAUGUUCGAAUUUUAUUUGGUAUAUCUUAAUAUUUUCGAUAUUCGUUUUUAUACACUCUACCUCUGAAGUUGGAUCUAUGUUGCUGAUCUUGCGAUGUGUAGAUCCUAGAGAUAAAGCUAUGGCCUUAGGACUUAUACAGUUUGCUAUUGGACUAUUUGGAAACGUUCCUUGUCCUAUUAUUUAUGGAACUGUUGUUGAUUCUGCUUGUCUGUUAUGGAAGUCUGUAUGUGGAAAGCGAGGAGCUUGUGAUUUAUAUGAUUCUAAUAAGUUUCGAAUGUUUUAUCAUGGAACCACUAGCGCCAUUUUACUUUGCGCAUUUUUUGUUGACGUUAUUGUGUGGGUUAAAGCUGGUAGUAUCAACUUCGUAGAUGAACAGUCUCCGUUAGAAGAAGAAUUGAAUGCUAUUACAGCUAAACCCAAAAAUGACGUAAAUGUACAGCACUGAGUGACAACAUAGAGAAUGGACUUACUAAUAUUAUUUUUACACGACUGAACGAAUUUAAUGGCAGCUGUUAAUGAAUAAGUUAUUUAAAUAUCCUUCUGUACAUUUUAUACCUACACAUUGCUAAACCUAGACCUUACAUUUUAAAUCCUAGUUGUAAGUAGUUUAAUAGUCAAAUUAGGUUAAUGAUCCUACCUAUUUAUUAGAUAUUGUUUUGUGUUGUAGUGAUUAAUCAUUUAUACGUGGAUAAGUUUGUAACAUAAUUUUAUACUGGCAUCUUAUUGAAUCAGGGAAAUUUAUAUUAAAAACAAUUUGAUACAUAAAUUUUAAAGCUUUCACUUUUAUACUUUUUUUAAGAAAUUAUACACUAUCAGGCAAAAUGGAAUUAUGAUUAUGUCUAUUUGUAGACAAUCGGAUUUCAUAAAUCAAAAUCUUUUGUUUAAAAUAUAUACCUAGUGAACUAAUUGAUAUGUAGCUUGAUUGAUUGUGCAUUAAUUAUAAUGCAUACUUAGAAGUAUUGCUAUUGCAUUGCUGAUCUGUGAUAUAUUCGAAUAUCUAAUAUUUUAAAAAGUGUAAAAAUUGUAAUUUAGAAUGAUGUUAAUACUCUUAUUUUCAGUACGAACUUUUGCUAUAUUUUAUUGUAUCUUAUUAGUUACCACUUUUGAAAGUUGUUAUUUACAUACAUGAAUUAAUUUGGUGUCAGUUUGCCAGUAAGGGUCAAAUUCUUAUUCGUGUAUGUCUACACAUUUUACGUGAACGUUUUUUGUCCUUAUUCUUUUAGUAGCUAUUAUCUACGUGCCAUAAUAUCAAAAGAAAUUUUGUAUAUCUAUAGAAUGUUAUUAUUAAGAACAGUUAAAAUCGUAUACAAACAUAGUGACUUCACAAAUGUGUAGUAUUUUAUUUUAUUAAUUUUUUUAAUCAAUUUAUCCAUUUAUGAUUUCUAGUGAUUCUAUUGUAAAUCUUAAUAAUUUUCUUUACUUGGCGUUUUGCCGUGAAUUGCCAUUAAAACUAAGAUGGUUAGUAACUAGCACACUUGUAUAUAUUUUAAUAUUAAUGCAAGCGCCAAUUAAAGAACAUUUAUGUUAAGCACAUGUGAUCAGCUAUGAACUGUCAAAACAGAAACAAAAAGCUCACGUUUCAUAUUUACAUAUAGUAAAACUUUUUUGUGCAUUAUGGGCCUAAUAGCCAAGUUAGUUAAAGAGAAAUUUAAUGUAGUACCUUUGACAACUUAGAUUUCCCAAUGGAUAUGAAUUAGUAAAUAAAAAAUAUUUUUUUUAUUGUUGAUAAACUGCCAUCAGUGCCAUAACUAGAUUAUUUUGAAAAUUCAUUUUCUACUUUACUAAUAUUACAAUUUUACGUAUGUGUUUUUAAUUAAACAUUUUUGGUUUCUUAAUUGUUUAUUUACUUUGGCAUUGUAUUUUUUUCCACAAUUCCAGUUACGGUACUGACCGCCAUCAAGACUUAUUAAAUUAUAUGAUGAAACAACUCAAAGAAAUGUCUGUGAUUUACUUGGAUACAUUACAACUAAGAAACUUUUUAUAUUUCCUAUGGAUUGCACAAUUUUAGUUUUUGUAUUCUUGGCUAUGGUAAUUGUAAAAACAUAUUUUGUAAAAUGUCUUCAUUAUAUUAAUGUAUAAAAUAUAUUAUAUACAAAUGCAA